AUGACAGAACCCAACAGCACAGCCGUUGAGGGGCCGGUCCAUCUGGCCAAUGGAGGAACCAGCUCCUGUUCUGGCAGAGUAGAGAUCUUCCUACGUGGACAGUGGGGGACGGUUUGUGACGAUUCCUGGGACCUGGUUGAUGCUCAGGUGGUGUGUAGACAGCUGGGCUGUGGUAGGGCCAUGUCAGCACCACAAAGUGCACGCUUUGGACAGGGCAGUGGGCCCAUCUGGUUGGAUAAUGUCAAUUGCACAGGCAGCGAAUCAAAGCUCAGCGAGUGCAGCCACAGGGGGGUUGGAUUGCACGACUGUAAUCACAAUGAGGAUGCUGGUGUGGUCUGCGAAGAACCCAACAGCACAGCAGUUGAGGGGCAGGUCCAUCUGGCCAAUGGAGGAAACAGCUCCUGUUCUGGCAGAGUAGAGAUCUUCCUACGUGGACUGUGGGGGACGGUUUGUGACGAUUCCUGGGACCUGGUUGAUGCUCAGGUGGUGUGUAGACAGCUGGGCUGUGGCAGGGCCAUGUCAGCACCACAACGUGCACGCUUUGGACAGGGCAGUGGGCCCAUCUGGUUGGAUGAUGUCAAUUGCACAGGCAGCGAAUCAAAGCUCAGCGAGUGCAGCCACAAUGGGGUUGGAUCCCACGACUGUAAUCACAAUGAGGAUGCUGGUGUGGUCUGCGAAGGUAAAUACAAAUGUGUACAACUAAAGGCAAUGAAGUCUCACUGUGUAACAUGCUGUCUAUGGUGUACCACCACGGACAGAAAGCAGUGA